GGAAUAGUCGAUGAGAUACAUCAAAAGUCGUUUCUGUUUGAAUAGGCGAUACAACAGCUUUUCUCAUCUACUCGUGAAUAAAAAGUAAUCUUUUACGACUCUUUUCAAUUUAUAAAGAUAUUUAUAAUUAACAUAUUUUUAAAAAUUUCCAAUAAAGAGAGCAAUUAAUUUUUUUUAAAAAACUGCACCGACCACCGAGUAUUUGGAAUUUUUGAGAAAUAGGCCAAUACCGGCGGUCAGGCCUACAUUCUACCUUCUACUUGGAUCGGUCAACUGUGCUCUAGGUGUGCGAAAUUGCGAAUGAUAAAUUUUUUGAUUGACGUUGAUAAGGAGGUACCGGGUGUCCAAGAAUAAGGGGUUUUAAUGUUAUCAAAAAAGAAUGCGAAAAAUCCCGGCUUGAAAAUAGAAAAGUUGAAUAAUCAUUUGAAAAACCGAAAACGAGCUUUGAGUGAUUGUUUCAAUGAAACACGAGAGAAUCUUUUAUUUUGCAUCGAACUUUGAAAAUUGAAACAAUAACUUUACUCAAAUUAUUCUUGGACACCCGGUACCUAGCUCGUGAUAAGAGUGAUGACACCCACGCUUUCUGAUUUCGUAAUUUCUAUUUUCUUUCAUUAUCAUUUGGUGUAAUUUUGCUGUGAUGAAUAAAUACCUCAGUUUUGGUCAAUAUUAUUAAUUAGUUUAUUCUUUAAUUGAACAACGUUUUGACACCCAGAGGUACAAAGUUCCUUCUAGAAAAUGGACGAGAACAAACCAAUGAAUAAUUUACCAAAACCCAAUAAAGAUUUAAAUAGUAAACGAACCGAUUACUUGGAAUGGCACGACUUUUUCAUGGCAACCGCUUUCUUGGCGGCUAAGAGAAGUAAAGAUCCAGUAUCUCAAGUUGGAGCUGUUAUCGUUAAUAAAGAACGUAAAAUAGUAGGUACUGGAUAUAACGGCAUGCCGAUUGGCUGUAGCGAUGAUGAAUUCCCAUGGUCCAAAAGCAGUGAUCCUUUAAAAUCGAAACAUUUGUACGUGUGCCAUGCGGAAAUGAAUGCUGUGUUGAACAAAAAUUCGGCUGAUGUAAAAAAUUGUACAAUUUACGUUGGAUUGUUUCCAUGCAACGAAUGUGCGAAAAUCAUUAUUCAGUCAGGAAUUCGCGAAGUAAUAUAUUUAUCGGACAAACAUGCGCAUAAAAAAGAAACCGUAGCGGCCAAAAGAAUGUUUGAAGCUGUGGGAAUUAAAUAUUGGCAAUAUAAACCAGAGAAUCAAAGAAUAGUGAUUGAUUUCAGCGAAAUCGAUUGGAAUAACCAACGGCAAGUGCCGUACACACCAAUCAAGGAAAUACUUGAAAAUAAUAUUGACACAUCGAGGAAAGUUCCUCUUACUUUAGAUACGUGAUGCGACUCUAGUCUACUUAAGAAAUGAAAAAAUCUUCGUGUUCAAAAAAAUGAAGUAUAUUUAAAAUUAACAAACAAACAUUAAAAAUAAAUUUGUAAAAUGACGAGAAACAACGCAAGUAUAAAUUUAUAUCGUGAAAAAUGGUAAAUAUUUUCAAUUGUGAUGCAAGUUUUCAACCUCCAGUAUUUGUAAUUAUAUUCCAGUUUGUUGAAUUUUUAUAAUAAAAACAUUAUGUAUUAUAA